AUGAAUCCAUCCCACUCCCUACAGGAUACUUGUGGUGUUCCCGAUUCUCUCUUCGCUCGUUCCGACGAGGAUCUGAUUCGCCUUGUGUACAAGGAGUUUCCGGAGGAAAUUGACCGUCUGCGGCGGGCAUACUCCAUCCGAGACGGUCCCUGGACCCCUCCUAGCACUCCAUCUCCAUCCUACAUUUUAUACAACGAAGAGUACGAUGAAGUGAACCGCACACUCGUUGGACUUCUAGCUCUCCGCUGGAUUCACACCGGUCAAUACGAGACCUUCAUCGGUUCACAGCCAUCCACAUCUCAACUAACAAGAACCUCGUUUGAUUGGAUCCACGAAUUCUACACGCAACUCAUCAAAGACGGGAACGCACUCUUUACCUUAAUCACCACAAUAAUUAUCAAUGAUCUGGGUAAAGACCCGCAGCUGGCAACCGACUGCCACGCAAAGACUGGCGUGGACUUCUCCACUCUCAACCAUGACGCUAUUCUCCUCGUGGCCUGUAAAGCCGGCCUAGUCAAAUCGCUGGACCAGCUCCCAGACCAAGAUAGAGACGAUGUACUCCGGGCGAUUGAGCUGGGUGCAACCUUCAACUUUGGCCAACUGGCACAGGCAGAAAACGCCCCAGCCUGUCUGUCCGGUCUACACCGCAUGAAAGGCCACGACCGCAGCUUCCGACUCCGCUUCAUGGAGCAACUGCUCGAUAUUGCCGGUGCCGCGGGGCAUAUGGAUUGGACGUGUGCGAAGAAACUCACUCAGCCUAUCUUUGAGUCCUACCGCAAUGUCUAUGAUGUAUGCGAGGGUGUCAUUGCGGGCACUAUGACCGUCCGCAGUGGGUAUGACAUGGUAUUGAUUCGACGCGCGGAGUUCCUCCGCGACAAGGACGUGCGACGAUUCCAAGUGGAGGAGAACCCAGGGGAUCGGGCUUUGAUGCGAUUGUUCUGUAUGGGCAAUGUGACUACCCAGGAAAAGGCGCUGUUGUAUGAGGAUGCGUGGCGUGCGUUGGAGGACCCGGUCAGGGAAACUCUGGCACAUGCUCUCAAUCUAGAUGGUCGGAGGAGCGAACCUGCUGUUCAGCCGACGUACAUGCCUGCUCUACUUGGCCGUAUACAGGACGUGAAUGCGUUGGUGUGUACCCUGCGUUACCUUGCCCAGGUUCUGAGUGCGACGGAUGAUGCAGACCCUUCGGCGGUUGUUAUUGAGCGGAGUAUGUAUUCGGCUUUGAAGCAGUUUGUCGAGAGUGAUGAGUUUCGGGAAGAUCCGACUAUCUUGGAGAGGGUUGAAGUGCCUGAUGGCGUUGUUGCUUUAACCACGGCCUCACUUUGA